GUGGCUAACCCCGGCGCAGGACGACUUGUACGAUUAUUGCCAGUGUGAGGCGCACGAUCCGAGAGGUUUUCGAAGAGUUCAGAAGCGCCAAAGUACCGAAAGAGUACCUGUUCGACCUGUUCGCGCCCCUGCGGCCUCGCGAAUUCUCGAUAGCGACGAUCAUCAUGAGGGGAUCCCGUUCUCGCCCGUCAUUUCCCGCAAGACGAUCUCUCGAUACUAGCUCAUCUUCCGCUUCCUGUUGCACCUCAAGCACCUCAAACAGCCGCUCACCAACAUGUGGAACGAUCACCAGAUCGCACCCUGGCGCAAGCUCACGCGACGGACGCCCGGCACUGCAUCGCACCCUGCCAUUCCAGGGGGCAUAGGCACAGACGCGGCGUUCGAUUGGCGCGUCAAUUUCGAGAACUGGCGGCGACGCGUGUUCCUGUUGCGCGCGCACAUGCUCGCUUUCGUGCAGCAGAUCCUCGCGUUCACGACAUUCGAGGUGCUUGAGCCCAACUGGCACAAGCUUGAGGGGAAGCCCGAAGCGGGCAAGGUCGAGACCGUCGACUUCCUCGACACCGGCCUCAAAGAGUACAUGCUCUCGAGUUCCAAACUCGCCACGGUUAGUCCCUUAA